CACGGAAGUCACCUGAUUUGGCGACAAAUAGAGGGCCGAAACCACCCACAAACACAAGCCGCUCUCUCUCUUUCAUUCCUUUUUUGGUUUCAAAAUUGCUUCAACCAAUUUCAAAACAAAAUCUUGUCUCUCUCCCACUGUUCUCAUACCUUAUAAGCAAACCAAAAGAAGAAGACCCACACUUAUUAAAACCCAAAACCCAGAACGGUAAUCAAAUUUAUUUGUAAAACCUCUGUUCCCCAUUUUAGUUUUCUUCUACUUUCCUCGUAUUUUUAUUUUUAUUUUUUUAAGAAGACAGAAAGGAAGAAGCGCGCGCGAAAGGGAGAGAUAGGAAUUGAUGGGUCGGCCUCCGAGUAAUGGUGGCCCUGCCUUUCGUUUCACCCCAACUGAGGUUGCGGAGAUGGAAACGAUUCUCCAAGAGCACCAAAAUCAAAUGCCAGUUCGGGAGAUCCUUGUAAGUCUUGCGGAGAAGUUCAGUGAGUCAGCUGAUCGGAAAGGGAAGAUUGUUGUGCAAUUUAAGCAAGUAUGGAAUUGGUUCCAAAAUAGGCGCUAUGCAAUAAGGGCAAAAUCAAGUAAGGUUCCUGGGAAGUUAAAUAUAACAUCUAUGCCUCGAGAUGAUGUAAAUCCUGUGAGAACUGUGCCUCAGCCCAUUGCUGCUCCCAUGCCUCCCCCUAUGACUGCUCCAAUGCCUGUUGCUAUGCCUGCUUCUACAGUUCCAGGUGCGGGAAGGCCUACGUCAGAACAUUCUUAUAUGGAAUUCGAAGCUAAAUCUUCAAGGGAUGGUGCAUGGUAUGAUGUUUCAACGUUUUUGGCCCAUAGAUAUUUGGACACAGGUGAUCCGGAAGUACAGGUUCGGUUUGCUGGUUUUGGACCAGAGGAGGAUGAGUGGGUUAACAUUCGCAAGCAUGUCAGGCAACGUUCGCUCCCAUGUGAAGCAUCUGAGUGUGUUGCAGUUCUUCCCGGGGACCUUAUACUUUGUUUUCAGGUGGAUUUCCACUUGCAAUUGCCAAGCAAUGAUGGCAUUCAAGAAAUUGUACCUUUGAGGAAGGUUUGCCGUCGGCCUGAAACUGAUUACAGGUUGCAGCAACUGCAUGCCUCCAAUGACUCGGCAUCCACCGAUCAGCAGAAAACUAGCACAGAUCCUUCUACAGCAACUGCACCAAGGGUUAUAAGUUCACCGACUGAGACAAUGCUGAAGCAGCAGAAUCCUGAUGCAUCCAGGACAGCCCCAGUUUCACAUGCUAAUGUUUCUGUCGCUGCACAAACUACAAAUCCAGAAUCCAAAAAUACUGGGACCAUGACUACCAAUAUAACCAAUCCGGUAGCCAGCAAUCCUGGAAUUUCCCCAAGUGGUGCUGUGUUCGCUAGUAGCAUUGCUGUGGGCACUGCUACUGGUGGCUUUGGUCAAAACAUGCAGGAAGGAAAGUAGUGGGUUAAUCUGAUAGCCAUGUUAUCUUCUUUUGCUGAGUUGUUAACUGAGCUUCAGUUACAAGUUAUCUUUUUCAUCUCCUUUACAAUUUUUGAUAAGCAAUAUUAUGGCUAUAGUAAUCCUUUCAGCUA